AGAGCAACACACGGACAAUUCAGCUCUUUAUUUCCUGGAUUUGUUUCUCUAAAACAUCACUGAACAGCUGAGGUUGAAAGUGUUCUCUUCAGUCAUGGACGAAUCAGCCCCUGAGUUUAAUGUUUUUGAAGCCGUGGGGAAGAGCGACGGAGUGGGUGCCCUACCUGCCAGCCAGCUGAAGGUCCGGGUGAAUGAAUUAGGGGGGCUGGAGCCUAUUAUGAAUGAGGGACAUGAGGAGGGGGUGAAGAAGGCCCACGCUACCACCACAUGGAGUGUUCCCACUGCACAGGAGGCUCUUACGGAAGAGGUGCACACUGGCCAUGCGUGUACCUGCUGUAACGGGAAGGACCACUUCCUGCCUGAUGGACGUCACUGCAGUGAGCGCUGCCCCCAGCAGGACCAGCAGAAAGAGUUAAAACCUGAGAAGGAAGAUUCGAAGAUGAAUGGCGAGGUGGUACGGGGUGGCAGGAAGAGGCUACACUCAGUCAGGAGACUGGAUGAAGACAUGGAUGAAGUGAUGGAGGUGGUGGAGGAGAAUGAUGAAGACUACGAGGAGAAAGAGGGCAGACGGGCGGGGCGUGGUGCCCCCCGGGGUCGCAGGAAGCGCAGGGGUGAUGCAGCUCUUCUCAGACAGAGUAUUUCAUAUGGAGGGAGAAAAAAGUCCUGGUGUUGGGCUUCAUAUCUGGAGCAGGAAAAAGCCAUCACUGCUCCCAGCAAACUCUUCAAAGAGUACCAGGCCUUCCCUCAAAGUAAGAACGGGUUCAGAGUGGGUAUGCGGCUGGAGGGAAUCGAUCCCAGACACCCGUCCAUGUACUGCGUCCUCUCCGUUGCCGAGGUGUUGGGCCACAGAAUGCGACUCCACUUUGAUGACUACUCCGACUGCUAUGAUUUCUGGGUAAACUGCAAUUCUCCAGAUAUUCACCCAAUGGGCUGGUGUGAGAAAACCAGCCACAAGCUGCACCCUCCGAAAGGGGUUGGGAGUGAGGAGUUCAGCUGGUGCUCGUAUCUGAAGAUGAAUAAACUGCAGGCUGCACCCAAAUCUCUCUUCGACAACCACAACACAACGGUUACACCUUUAGGAUUCAGAGUUGGGAUGAAGCUCGAGGCGGUGGACAGAAAGAACCCAUCGCUCAUCUGCGUCUCCACCAUCACAGACAUGGUGGACAGUCGUCUGCUCGUGCAUUUUGAUGACUGGGACGAGAGCUACGAUUACUGGUGUGACGCCACAAGUCCGUACAUCCAUCCGGUCGGCUGGUGUGAGCAGAAUGGCAAAACCCUCACCACACCUCCAGGCUACUCCGACCCCAACAGCUUCUCCUGGGAGAGAUAUCUGGAGGAAAUAAACUCAUUACCCGCUCCUGCCAGGUCCUUCAAAGCGAAGCCUCCUCAUAAUUUCCAGCUGAAGAUGAAGCUGGAGGUGGUGGACAGGAGAAACCCCAUGCUGGUCAGGGUGGCCACAGUGGUGGAUAGAGACGACCACAGAAUAAAGAUACACUUCGAUGGCUGGAUGGACGAGUAUGACUACUGGGUGGACACCGACAGCCCGGAUAUCCACCCUGCCGGAUGGUGCGCCAAGACAGGACACGCUUUACAGCCACCGAUCAGUCUGGAUGAAAUGCCAGAGACUGAUCAGGGGUGCUGUCCUACACCCGGCUGCAAAGGAGUUGGACACAUCAAAGGAGCUCGCUACUCUGGACACCACAGCGCUGUGGGCUGUCCAUACUCAGAGAUCAACAUGAAGAAGGACACGGUUUUGCCGGACAGGCUGAGUGAGGAGAUUCCGGCUUCUGGAGUGGGACGACCUCGCAGAGUGGAAACGAACCCAGAAACAUCUGCACAAACUCCAGACAAACCUGUCGGUCACUUGGACAAGUCUAAUGCAGAAACCAGUGCCAUGGAAACACAGCUGAAGAAACCUGGCAUCACAGAGACCAAAAGAAGGGUCGGUCGGCCGUGUAAGGUUCGGAAAGUUGAGGAACCCCGACAGGAAAGCAAACUGAAAAGUGAGGCAUGGUCUGUCGUGGAUUCUAAAGAUUUGACUUUGCAGCAGGCCCUGCACCAGUCUGUAUUCAUGCCAUGCUCUGCCCCAUCUCCCAGUAUGCCCCACUGCUGGGACCAGCACAGUAAACUCCUUCCAACGGUGGCUGGCAUCACGGCUAGCAAAGUGGCGGCCUGGAGCAUAGAGGAGGUGAUCGAGUUCAUCCAGGGUCUUCCAGGGUGUAAAGAGCAAGUUCAUACCUUCAAGGAGGAGCAAAUUGAUGGCGAGGCAUUCCUACUGCUCACUCAGACUGACCUGGUCAAGAUCCUGAGUAUAAAGCUGGGCCCGGCUCUCAAGAUCUACAACUCCAUCCUGAUGUUCAAAACGGCGAAGAAGUCCGCCUCCAACGAGCUCUGAUCCUGAUCUCUACUGGAUUUAGGACAGUAAACCCUGGCUGUGGACUCCCAGCAUCAGUUCACCAUCAGAGUGAUGAAAUGACACGUUUAUGAUGCAGGAAUAACACUCAUGUUAAUGAGGAAGGUGGCAGUGAUUUGUAAAUAUAUGAAUUAAUUUAUAACAGCGUGUUUUGUGCAUUAUACAGGUUUACAUUUCCGCUACUGAUGUGGUUGCACCUGAUGCAGACUGAGUUCUUGCUUUGUACUACUUUAUUUAGCUUUAAUGAGCUUUUGGAAAGUUUAUGUAGAUGAUUUUGUGAUUUCUUUGCUGCAUUUCUAGAACUUUGGACAUUCUUUAAGAUUUGGUACAGAUCUGAACACUGGACAGUCUGAGUGAACGAGUGAGGAACGCAUUCAUUUCAACAUGUAUUUAUUAUUAUUACUGCUCAGCUUUGUAAUAGUGAUCACAUCCAAACUGUUUUCUCAGACGUAGCCAGGCUAAUAAUAAUAAUAAUAAUAAUAAUAUUAAUAGUG